AUGUGUGUAAAUGGGGGUUGUGUGGGGGGGGGGGGGGGGGGGGGGGGGGGGGGGGGGGGGGGGGGGGGGGGGGGGGGGGGGGGGGGGGUGGGGUGGGGGGGGGGGGGGGGGGGGGGGGGGGGUGGGGGGGGGGGGGGGGGGGGAAUCUAUGACAAAAGGAGACAAAGCCAAGACCCGAUCGUCCCGGGCCGGUCUGCAGUUCCCCGUCGGUCGUGUUCACCGUCUGCUCCGGAAGGGCAAACUAUGCCGAGCGGGUCGGGGCCGGAGCUCCCGUCUAAUCUGGCCGCCGUCCUGGAGUAUCUGACGGCUGAGAUCCUGGAGCUGGCCGGCAACGUCCGCCCGAGACAACAAGAAGACCCGCAUCAUCCCCCGACACCUCCAGCUGGCUGUCCGCAACGACGAGGAGCUCAACAAGCUGCUGGGCGGCGUCACCAUCGCCCAGGGAGGAGUCCUGCCCCAACAUCCAGGCCGUGCUGCUGCCCAAGAAGACCGAGAGCCACAAGGCCGCCAAGAGCAAGUAAUCCCCCCACAGGAUUCCCUUCUAUCCGCCAACACAACGGCUCUUCUCAGAGCCCCCCACAUCUCCAUACAAAGGGCGGACAUACGGCUUCUAUGGACACCAAUCCCACACUCCUCUCUAUCUCCCGCUUCUAUGGGAUUCUCGGGGGGGGGUGGAGGAGGAAAGUCGGCGACUUCUUCCCUCCGUCCUGCUCUGUAGAUCUCGUAUAG